AUGAAGCCACCGCAUGCGCCCUCGGCCUCCGACGCCUCACAGCCGCCGGUGCCCAUCUCCAUCACCAUCUGCGGCGACGGCGGGUGCGGCAAGUCCUCCAUCACGCUGCGCCUGGUCCGGAGCCAGUGGACCAGCGAGUAUGACCCGACGAUCGAGGACAGCUACAGCGUGACGCGGCGGAUCGACGGCGUCGUGUACCACCUCAGCCUGACCGACACGGCCGGGCAGGAGGAGUACCGCGGCAUGUGGGCGUCGUCCAACCUGGGCGCCGACGCCUUUCUGCUCGUCUACGACAUCACGUCGCGCGACUCGCUCGACGCGCUCAACUACUUCAACGAGCUGAUCGACAUGGAGGCCGAGACGCGCCUCGACAACGCCGCCCGCGCCCGCCGCGCGGGGCUCACCAAUCUCAACAUCGCGCCCACCAUGCCCGACAUCCACCACCUCAACAGCUUCCGGCCCACCGGCGGCGCCGGCUCGGGCGCCAAGACCAUCCCCCCGGUCAAGAUCGUCGCGGGCAACAAGUGCGACCUGCAGGAGAGCCGCCAGGUGCCCGCCGCCGUGGGGCUGGACUGGGCGCGCAAGCACGGGUGCGGCUUCAUGGAGACGAGCGCGCGCCUCGAGGUCAACAUCGAGGAGACGUUCGCGCUGAUCGUGCGCCGCGUCGUCGAGGCCCGCCGGCUGGCGGAGAUGGGCGUUACCGACGCCGAGUUGGCCGCCAACAGCCGGGGCAUGACCAAGCCCCUCACGCCGCUGCCGCCCGGGGACGAGGAGGAUGAGAAGAAGGGUGGUGGUGAUGGUGGUAAUGGUGGUGGGAGGGGUACAGGGAUGCGGGGGCCGAACAUCAAGGGGGAUCGUGUUGCGCGGGGGAACGGCGGGUUUUGGAAGAAGUUGAGGUGCUGGUAG